AUGAACGGCCUAAGCACUGUCCUGACCCUCUUGGCACUUCUGGUAGCCACAGCUCACGGCAUCGGGGCCGGUGGCUAUUCCGGGUUCGGAUCCCUGUUGGGAUAUGGAGGAGGAGCGGGACCUUUGUACCCGGGGAUCGUUGGCGUGCCUGGUGUCGGCGGGAAGUCUCACGGACAUGGAAGUGACGAACAGCACGGGUUCCGGGGCGGGGCCGGGUUUGGCCCUGUGAGAGCUGUGGGCGGAGGAUAUGGUGGUGCCUUGGGUGGUGCUUAUGGCGGCUACGGCCAGUACUUCGGAGCCGGAGGUUAUGGUGGAGCGUACGGCGGAGGUCUGGGAGUAGCUGGAGGUCUGGGGGCAUUUGCCUUCCCGGCUUUUGGCAGUGGGGGUAUCCACGGGGGUCUCGGGGGUCAUGGAGGUCAUGAAGGCAAAGGACCUCACGGGGAUUCUGUUCCGGGGGUCAUCGCAGAGGUCAAUGUGAGUCCAGGCACAGCUUCUGAGAUCAACAUCGACAAUCUGUCUGGCUACAGCUCUCUCAAGGAUCUGGCUGGUCUUGGUGUUGUUGUGUGCCCGUCUGACUCUGUAGACAGCGACUACGGCAGUGCCAAGUGUGAGGGCGGCAUCCUAUCCUGCUGUGCUCUCCACUACGAUACUGAGGACCAAAGUCUGAGCGUCCACAGAGGUCGAUACUAGGACGUUGAGCCGGCUACAUAAAAUUAAUAGUUUACUUAGCUCAUGAGAUGGGUACACCUUGAAAGACGAUUGCAGUUUACAACAAAAAGAAAUUGAUCGCUAAUGAACAAAACGAAAGCCUUAAAUUUAGAUUAAUUAAUAAUUAUAUUUUUUAUACACCUCCCAGAUGUAAAGUGAAACAUGCAAUGAUUCACCCGUAACUAUGUCCUUUAUGUGUAUUAUAACGUCGAACAAGCUCGGAAAGGUUAUCAACCGAUUAGAAAAACUCAGAGCUUGAUGUCUAUAUGACAUGGUAGAAAUUUGAACUGGGUGCAUGCAAUAAUAAAGGCACUAUAAAAGCAA